AUGGUGGACAUAGAGAAUAUAUCAGCGGUUGUGUUCUAUAUAAUGUGUAAUGAAAUCGGAACAUCACUGGAAAUUCAAGCCAGAAGAGAUAUGUUGGACUUCAAAAUUGAAUUGGCAAAUCAAACAAAAUCAAUUCAUGAUGAAGCUAUCAUGACAAGUGGAAGUAGAAGAGAAGGAUUCAGACUAAAGGAAUCAGAUGUAGACAUUAUGUGCUGGCCAGAUAAUUACCGUGUGAUCUGGGAUAUAAGUCAGUCUCAGCGCUAUGACAUUCACAGGAAAAGACUGAUCCUCUGUGAUGAUUCCGAAAGCCCACCAGGAUUCACCUUGUUAUAUUUGCUUUCACCUUCAAUAUUAUGUAGCGAGAUCAAUGAAGCUUUUGUUAGAAUGAAUAAAAGAGAUUACAUUUCUAGUUCAAUGCACAAAGCGAUUAUUUGUUCUGAAGAAUCACAGCGAUCCACUCUCCACGGUCCUUGUGUGAGUAGAUGUGAUGGAGUGCUAGGAUUUGAUUUUGCUCACUGCUUUGCAUCGGAUAUUUGGCCUCCGUCUGCCUCUUCAUGGAUAGACAGAAGUCACCCAUGGCCCCAGUGCAAUAUAGUUGAUGAGAUAGUAAAAGGUGGAUGUCACUUUGUAGCAAUUGGGCAUAAACUAGGAAAACAUGAAACUAUUGAAUGGAGAAUUUCUUUCUCUUUGGCAGAACAAAAACUAGUGUAUGCAAUGACCCACUGCCAGUUCAUAACAUACGCCCUGUAUGAUUACAAAACACUAAGAUAUAUGAAAGCUUUGUCUAUAAUAGACGUGCUAAAAGUUAAGCUAGCACAGCCAUAUGUGAUGCACAAUUAUCUGAAUGUAGAUGAAGAGAUGUAUAUGAAGGCUGUAGGGG